AUGUUGUCCCAGGAACAUGUCUCACUUGGUAAAAUCAGGUUAUGCUGUCCCUCCCUGUGAAGACCAGAUUCACUGAAGAAACUCAAAGAGCAAAAGAGUCAUUCAAACAAAUACGAAGAGUUUUAUUCCACAGAUAUAUAGUGGAAGUCACAUUUAUCUGUUCAUGUUUAACAUGUGACCAGGAAAGAAACACUAAAACUCAUCUGAACACACAUCGAGAGCUUCAGAAGAACUGACUCUACUAACAACAGAAAAGAUCAUUGUGUAAGAGAGAAGAAAUGAAGAUCAUCUGGACUUUCACUCUGCUGAUGAUUCCUGGUGUGUUGAGCUCCAUCAGUGUGACAGGAUAUUCAGGAGGAGGAGUCAGCAUCUCAUGCAGAUAUGAUAGAGGAUAUACAGACAAUAACAAGUAUUUUUGUAGAGGACAGAAGCCAGUUACAUCAUUGACUAGAUGGUGCUCUGAUCUCAUCAAGACUGAAGAGAAAAAUAAAUGGGUUGAUUCUGGAAGAUUCUCUCUGUAUGAUGACACAAGUGCAGCAGUUUUCACUGUGACCAUCAGAGAUCUGAGAGAACAGGAUUCUGGGACGUACCAGUGUGCAGUUGAUCAUUUAGGAAUAGAUUCCUACACUGAAGUGAAGCUGAAUGUUGUAACAGAGACAAACUAUCACAGAUCAUCAUCUUCUUCAUCAUCUUCAUCUUUCUCAUCAGGUGACUCUCCACUGGUCUCAUCUGUGUCUCCUAUAACAGGCUCUCUUCUGAUCAUCAGUGUGUCUGUGCUUCUGCUUCUGAUCUUCACUGUGAUUCUGAUAGUGACCGUGACUCUCUGGAGGAGGCGUCAGUCGCACAACGCUGAUUCUUCCUCCAGAAGUUCUCAUGUGACAACUGGAAACAGUAAAACUGUUAGUACAAUAACUGUUUCUCACACUGGUUGUGAUUAUGAGGAGAAUAAACACACUCACAAACAGUUACCCAUAAACCCCUCUGUUUCUCCUGACUGUGUUUACGCUACAGUUCAGAAAGACACCGGUGACUCUCAGAUCUUCAUCACAUCUGCUGUGGAUCUGAAUUACUCCGUGGUUGAUUUCCAGAAGAAUCCGAACUGUCCUGACAGUGUUAGAUUGAGGAAUAAUCAGGAUUACAGUGAAUACGCUGCUGUCAAUCAUCUCACUGACUGUGUGUUGAGCUCCAUCAGUGUGACAGGAUAUUCAGGAGGAGGAGUCAGCAUCACAUGCAGAUAUGAUCGAGGAUAUACAGACAAGAACAAGUAUUUUUGUGUGUUGAGCUCCAUCAGUGUGACAGGAUAUUCAGGAGGAGGAGUCAGCAUCACAUGCAGAUAUGAUCGAGGAUAUACAGACAAGAACAAGUAUUUUUGUAGAGGACAGUGGUCAUCAUGCUCUGACCUCAUCAAGACGGAUAUUAAAAAUAAAUGGGUUGAUUCUGGAAGAUUCUCUCUGUAUGACGACACAAGAGCAGCCGUUUUCACUGUGACCAUCAGAGAUCUGAGUGAAGAGGAUUCUGGGACGUACCAGUGUGCGGUUGAUAGAUCAGGAAUAGAUUCCUACACUGAAGUGAAGCUGAAUGUUGUAACAGGUCAACAAAUCAGGACGAUGACCGGCUAUUCAGAAGGAAACAUCAUUCUAAACUUUAAAUAUGAGAUGCAUCAAAAGAACCUUUUGAUAGAUGUGUGUAAUACUGAAGUACUUCAAUGUUUUACUCUGAAAAAGACUGACAAAGCAGCAGAAUGGACACAGGACGGUCGAUUCUCUGUUCAUGAUGACAGAUCUGCUCGUCUCUUACGUCUGUUUAUCAGAGAACUGAAUGUGAAAGAUUCUGGAAAAUAUAAGAUUAUAGUUACAGUUUCUGAAGACUACAGUUUCUUCUCUGAGUUUUACCUGGACAUUAAGAAGGCAGCUGAUUGCUGUCAGAAGAGCAUCAGUCUCUCCGCUGCUGCAGGAGCAUCUGUGAACAUCAGCUGCAGAUACCCACAAUCCCACAGUGCUGAUGUGAAGUUUGUCUGCAGGAGAUCUGGAUCUGAUCUCUGUGCUGAAGAGACGUCUGUGAAGGAGAGCAGAAGAUGGAGCGCUGAGGGACAGAUGCAGCUGUAUGAUGACAGAGAGCAGCAGCUCCUGACGGGAAUCAUCAGUCAUGUGACUCAACAACAUUCAGCUGAAUACUGGUGUGGAGUUCAGUCUGAUCCAGGACACAAGAGCUUCAUCACACGAGUCCUCGUCAGCGUUACUGAUAUUCCGAAAACAAAUUCACCACUGCCAUCAUCAUCACCAACGUCAUCAUCAUCGUCAUCAUCAUCAUCAUCAUCAUCAUCAUCAUCAUCAUCAUCAUCAUCAUCUGCUUCUUCUUUCUCAUCGGUCACAUCUCCACUGAUCACAAGAGUUUCAAAAUCAUCUCCAUCCAGUUUCACAUCUGCAGACUCUUCUCUGAUCGUUCCUCUGCUUCUGCUUCUUCUGGUUCUGAUCAGCGUUGGUCUCUUAUUUCUGUUUCUCUCUAAGAAGCAUCAGUCUCGAGGCGGUGAUUCAUCAUCUCAGACUGGAGCAGAAAAACAUGGAGUGGUUUCUCACACUGGUUGUGAUUAUGAGGAGAUUAAAGACUCUCACAAACAGUUACCCACAAACCCCUCUGUUUCUCCUGACUGUGUUUAUGCUACAGUUCAGAAAGACACUGGUGACUCUCAGAUCUUCAUCACAUCUGCUGAGGAUCUGAAUUACUCCGUGGUUGAUUUCCAGAAGAAAGCAGACUGCCCUGAGGGUGUCAGAUUGAGGAAUAAUCAGGAUUGCAGUGAAUACGCUGCUGUCAAUCAUCUCACUGACACAGUCUUGCAGCAAACUGAAAGUUCAUUCUCAUAUAAAUAUGUGAUUGUUGUAUUAAGAUGCUGGUUUGUUGUAGGUGUGUUGAGCUCCAUCAGUGUGACAGGAUAUUCAGGAGGAGGAGUCAGCAUCAGAUGCAGAUAUGAUAGAGGAUAUACAGACAAUAAGAAGUAUUUUUGUAAAGGACAGUGGUCAUCAUGCUCUGACCUCAUCAAGACAAAUAUAAAAAAUAAAUGGGUUGAUUAUAGAAGAUUCUCUCUGUAUGUCGACACAAGAGAAGCAGUUUUCACUGUGACCAUCAGAGAUCUGAGAGAACAGGAUUCUGGCAUUUACUACUGUGGGACUGAUAUUUAUGGAAAAGUAGAUCCUCACACUGAAGUGAAUCUGAAUGUUGUAACAGAGGAAGUGGGCGUCUCUGUCACAUUCAUCUGUUCGUGUUUAACAUGUGACCAGGAAAGAAACAGUAAAACUCAUCUGAACACACAUCGAGAGCUUCAGAAGAACUGAAUCCACUAACAACAGAGAAGAUCACUGAAGAAGAGAGAAGAAUGAAGAUCAUCUGGACUUUCACUCUGCUGAUGAUUCCUGGUGUGUUGAGCUCCAUCAGUGUGACAGGAUAUUCAGGAGGAGGAGUCAGCAUCACAUGCAGAUAUGACAGAGGAUAUACAGACAAGAACAAGUAUUUUUGUAGAGGAGAGUGGUCAGUUACAUCAUUGACUAAAUGGUGGUCUGAUCUCAUCAAGACUGAAGAGAAAAAUAAAUGGGUUGAUUCUGGAAGAUUCUCUCUGUAUGACGACACAAGAGCAGCAGUUUUCACUGUGACCAUCAGAGAUCUGAGUGAACAGGAUUCUGGGACGUAUUACUGUGCAGUUGAUAAAUCUUGGGCUGAUUCCUACACUGAAGUGAAUCUGAACGUUAUUACAGAUGAAAAACUCAGUGCUGUGAGAGGAUAUUCAGGAGGAAAUGUGAUUAUAAACUACAAAUAUAAGACGCUAGAAGAGAAUCCUUUGAUAGAUGUGUGUAAAACUGGAGCAGAUCGAUGUUUUACUCUAAUAAACACUGACAGAGCAGCAGAAUGGACACAUGACGGUCGAUUCUCUGUUCAUGAUGACAGAUCUGCUCGUCUCUUACGUCUGUUUAUCAGAGAACUGAAUGAGAACGAUUCUGGAGAAUAUAAGAUUACAGUCAAAGUUUCUGAAGACUACAGUUUCAUGCAUCUGUUUCUGCGCUGAACUGAUGAAUCUGGUGUUUAAUGUGAACUUGAUUUGUCUCUCAAGCAGCUGAUUCUUGUCAUCACACGAGUCCUCAUCAGCGUCACUGAUAUUUUAAAGACAAUUUCAACUUCAUCAUCAUCUUCAUCCUCAUCACCAACACCAUCAUCAUCAUCAUCAUCGGUUGAAUCUCCUCUACAGAGAAUGUGUGUCAGAACCUGAUUUAUUUUAAAGGAGUCUGAGAUGUUCAUUAUUCGGUGUCUGAAAUAAACACUGAUCAUCAAAUGACACACACAUGUGUGAACAGAUCAUAUUUAGCAAAUAUACAUUGACUGUAACAUCAGAGUUUCCUCCAGAUGAGAUCUAUGUUUCUUCUGAUAUGUAAAUAUUUAAUGUAGUUUUUUUCUUCCAAAGUUUAAGGCUUUAGACAUGAUUUUUUUUUUUUAUUGUAAAUAUGCUCAGAAACAGCACUGAAUAUGAAAGCUGAUAUGCAAAUAAAAAUGCAAGGAACUGAACCUCCAGUUCUUCCCUGGAUAUAUAGCUGCCCACUGCUCCGGGUGUGUGUUCAUGGUGUGUUCUAUUCUUCUCACUUCUGUGAGUGUGUGAACUUGGAUGGGUUAAAUGCAGAGCACCAAUUCCGAGUAUGGGUUCCCAUACUUGGCAAAUGUCACAACUUUCACUUUUUACUUUGCUUCAGAUCGUAAUACCUGUAUUUUAUGUUUUCAUGUUCUAUGGUAUUAGUGCAUGUUCCAAGCUACCAUACUAUAUUAAACUUGUAUAAAAUACUUGUUUUUGUUGUUGGAAACUUUGUGGAUGUAAAACAAUAAACAGUUGAUGAAUUUGAUAUGCA